UUGGCCGCAAACGAUAUCGAUAAUUACCUAGGGUUCUCCUCCUCUGGAAACCCUAGGGAUCCACUAAAACCUUAAUGGAGGAGGAAGCGGCGAUCCUGGGGAGCAAUCUGGAAGAAUUCUCCGCCUCUGCCACCGUCGUCCCCUUCGAUCCACCGCUCCCUCUCCUGAGAAUCCCUGUGCCGGCCGGCCCCUCCGACGACCCGUCUGCCGGACCCUUCGUCCUCGUCUUUCGGGACGCUGGGAGCUGGCAUUCAGCUUUUCGAGCCACGGAGGCUAAAAUCAUCGAGCAAUGCGAGGCUGGAGCUCGUGUUGGAUGCUCGAUCAGUGCAUCAAACAAAUGCAAACCCCCAUGGUGGAAAACUCUAUUUGGAGUCUCGGCGGCAGAUUUUGCAGAGCGAGAGAAAUGCGAAGAGCGUGAGAUGGCUUCCUGUCUCGCUGCAUCUAAAGAAGCAUGCAUUCAGUUUGCAAAAGGGAAAUGUUUACCUCCCUUCCGAGAUGCAAGAAUUGCAACAAUUGAUCUCAAGGGAACCAUGCAGCUUGAUUUUGGUGCUCCUGAAACUGCCAAGAACACAUCAGAAGCCAGGUGUGCAGAGCCCAACUCAAUUUGUUUUCAUCAAGAGACUUCCUAUGAUCCGGGAAAAUUCAAUCCUGAAAUUACGAAUUAUAGAGGAAGCAUCCUAUUGGAGAAAUCAGCUUGCUGAAAAUAGUUGAACAACGAUGUAAUGUUUGUGUGGCUUUUCUAUAGGAAAAGGUGAACGGCCCGGGGCCAAUGGGCUUGGGGAAAUAGAAGCUGGGGACCCCCGUGAGGAUGAGAUAUGAAUAACAAAUCAUGGGGGAAAAUAGUUCAUGAUCGUAUGAGGGUUUACGUAUGGGAGGUGAUUUGUUUGCCAUCAACCCAUGUCAUAUAGAGCACAGUAUGUAUUGUACACUAUUGUAUAUGUGUUGGAAAUUGGAAUGAGGUAGUCGUUUUGAAAUAUAUGAGAGUUUAAUUACUCAACAUGGCCAUCAAAAACUUCACGGCUAAAGAUGUUGUGUUGAACAAGUUGAUUUGCUCUCUUAGUUAUCAAUGUAAUUAGUAAAUGCCAUCAAAGAUGUUUAGGUUUCGAAUAAUAUUGUGCAAGUGGAUCAAAAUUGGGGGAUGUUAAGAUAUCGUAUGAAUUUGAGUUGUAAUAGAUGUCUUCAAGGAUGUUUGGGCAUUUAAUAGGAUUUCCUGAACGGAUUCUAGUUCGAGAGAUGCAAGAACAUCAUGUGAAUUUACCGAGAUUGUAAAACUAUUAUUUUUAGGCAGGUCACUGA